CUAUACCUAUUUAUUUAGUUUGUGGUCGUUGCAUAGCCGGAGUGGAGUAUGCACGAAUUUCUUAUUGGCACAUAGUGGUUAUAUUCUCUUCGGGCACAAUGAGUCUUCAUGUUGAUUCAAGUAGUACCGGGAGUAUUAAAUGCGUCGAUAAAGGAAUACCAAAAUUAAAUGGAAAAACGCAGUUGCACAAAAAUGGCUAUUCAAAUGGUUCACUGUUAGGCCAUGGAACCGGUAAAAUGGUUAACAAGAAUGAGGAGUCAAAACCACCACCUCCCAUGGACUGGUCAAAGUAUGACACAUUUCCGGGCACAUUUGAGAAGUGUUCACUGAUGACUUUGGUACUGACUCACAUUGGCCUCUACAUUCUUAUGUUCCUGGGCUUUAUUAACCAGCUGUUAUUCAAACCUAAGGUUGCCACUGAAAAAAAUAGGGAGGGUUAUGCGCCACUGUACAACCCGUUUGAACAGUUUUACUCGCGGUAUGUGUAUCGCAGAGUCAGGCAUUGUUUCAACAGGCCCAUCUGCUCAGCGCCCGCCGACGUCCUCUCGCUCAUGGAACGGCAGUCUGACGAUUACAACUGGUCUUUUAAAUUUACCGGAAGGGUCUUACGGUGCAUCAACUUAGGUUCAUACAACUACUUGGGAUUGAGUGGCGAGCGGGAGCCAGUGGCCGAGGCAGUGCGGCAAUAUGGCCUGACGCUCAGUUCGUCCCGGGCCGAGCUCGGGGAGUGCAAACUUCACAAGGAACUUGAGGCCGAGACGGCAUCCUUUUUGGGCGUUGAGUCAGCGAUAGUAUUCGGCAUGGGUUUUGCUACGAACACGUUGUCUUUGCCCGGGUUGCUCGGCCCGGAUGUCCUGGCGAUAUCGGACGAGAACAACCACGCUUCAGUCAUUCUUGGACUGCGAUUGUCUCGAGUUACCGUAAGGGUGUUUCGACACAACGACGUCAGACAUCUUGAGAAGAUCGCGCGACAGGCUAUUGCUGAGAAUAAGUGGAAAAAAAUUAUCAUCGUUGUGGAAGGAGUAUACAGCAUGGAAGGUUCAAUAGUGCCGCUGCGCGCUCUAGUGGCUUUGAAAAAGCAACUGGGGCUUUAUUUGUACGUAGAUGAGGCACACUCCAUUGGCGCCCUAGGUCCGCACGGCCGCGGAGUCACGGAUUACUGGGGAGUACCGCCUAGUGAUGUGGACGUAUUAAUGGGAACCUUCACGAAGAGCUUCGGCGCCGCCGGGGGAUAUAUUGCUGGCCCGGCCCGCCUCAUCAACUGCAUCCGCGCGGCGGGCCACGCGUCGGCGUACGCGCACAGCAUGGCGCCGCCCGUGGCCGCGCAGGUGCUGGCGGCCAUGCGGCUCAUACGCGGCCCGCGCGGGCAGCGCCGCGUGCGCGCGCUGCGGGACAACACCCGCUACUUCCGGGAGAGAUUACGUGAGAUGGGAGUAGUAACGUUCGGUCACCCGGACUCGCCUGUGGUGCCGAUGAUGGUGUACACGUUCAGCAAGAUGGCGGCCACAGUAGAACGACUCACCGACAAAGGGCUGGCCGUUGUCGGCGUCGGAUUCCCCGCCACGCCGCUCUCCAAAGCUAGGAUAAGGUUCUGCUUAAGUGCGGCGCAUUCCCGCGAGCAAUUGGACGAAUGUCUGCGCGCAAUAGAGGAGGUUGUCCACGAACUGGGCCUGCGGUACUCCCGCCAAUAGCACUGCACUCCACUAGUAUUACAUAUGGUAUUCACUAUACACAUUUAAUAAAUUAUUUUGUUUUAUUA